AUGGCUCUAGUCUCUAAUCAAGAACUCAAAGAAGAAAUCAAAAUUCUUAUUGAUCAAUUGCCAAAAGAAGAAGAAGAUGAAGAAGAAUUUUUUGAGAUAGAUUUGGAAUUAGUGAAUAAUUAUUUUUCAACACCCAAUAAUUAUAAUUGGGAAAGCUAUUUUAGAGCAACAACAACUAGUACUUGUACUCUUCUAGCUAAUUGUUUGUUGCCUAUAGCUGAUGUUUCAUGUGCUAUUCCUAUCACAACUAAAGCUUGUGAUGCCUUCAUUUCAUUACCACCAAGCGGUGAUUCACCGUUUUCAAGAUUUUAAGUUUAUGAGUUCUGAAA